AUGUUAGCAUUCAAACACGUUCAAAAUAAAUCACUCAUUACACUCGCCCUUGAAAAUCUCAACCCAUUCAAAGGUGACCCAACCGCUGUUUUCAUCAACUAUGCCAGCGUUUUCGUUGUUUUUUAUGGUUUAAAGAAUUUCAUCGUCCCACAUCACCCACAUCAAGAUGUUAUUUACCCAUACAUGAAAUCAAAAAGAAGAACUUUAGCUUUUAUGUUUGAAAAACAAUAA